GGCAUAUAACAGUGCGGUAGAAACUUUUAAGUCUUCAUACUGCUGUACUAACAAACAAUUAGAAGAAGUUUAAAUAUAUAUAAAAUAAUAAGCAAGGCGAAUAUGGAUUAUGAAAACGAAAUUGUAGCCGACUUUUGUGAAGGAAACAAUUUAAGAAGUGAUAAUGAAAACCUGGAUGAAUCUCUAGAUUUAGAUGACUUAUUACCAUCAAUAGGAGAGUUUGGAAUAUAUCAAAAAAUGUUGGUUUUUGGAAUAUGCCUACCAGCAUGUAUACCUUGUGGAUUUUGCGCCUUUAAUCAAAUUUUUAUGGCAAAUGUUCCUAAUGACUAUUGGUGCAAAGUGCCAGAGCUAUUUGAUAUACCCAUAGAAAAACGGAAACUUUUAGCAAUUCCAAAGAACAUGGAAAAAUUUGAUGGCUACAGUAAAUGCUAUCGCUAUGCUUUUAAUUGGACUGGUGUUCUUGAUUUAAAUUACUAUGACAUAAAUACACCAAAUGAAACCUGGUCCUACACAAAGUGUGAUUUUGGAUGGGAAUACAAUACAUCAUUAGUAUCGUCAUCAAUUGUCAUUGAUUUCGAUCUAGUAUGCGAUAAGGAUAUUUAUCCAACAAUUGGUUUAUCUGCACUAAACGUUGGAGGUCCAAUAGGAGUUUAUCUAUUUGGGUUACUCAACGAUAGAAUGGGAAGGCGCACAUCUUAUUUUACUUGUUUAGCUACAUUACUUUUUGGUAGCUUGUUAACAUCCAUAAGUAGAAAUUUUUGGACUUGGGCUGGAAGCAGAGCAAUAGUAGGACUGACUAUACCUGCCGUGUAUCAAAUCCCAUUCAUUAUAUCAUUGGAACUCGUGGGUGAAAACUAUAGGUCGUUUGUGACUGUGAUGACUUGUACUUUUUAUACAUCAGGCAUAAUGUUAUUGUCAUUAAUUACUUACCUGGAACGCGAAUGGGUGAAACUUUCUUUGUACACUUCCGUACCGUUUACUUUAUAUUUUUUAUACAUUUUUAUUAUGCCGGAAUCUCCUCGAUGGUUAUUAAUGCGAGGUCGUUUAGAAGAAGCACUUGAAGUCUUAGAAAACAUGGCAAAAGUUAACGGCCGAAAAUUACCAAACAAAAUCAAGACUAAUUUGGAAGCGAAAAUAGCUAAAAAAAAAGAUUCGAAUAAGAAUACCGCCAAUGUCGGAGUAAUUGACUUAUUGAGAACGCCGAACAUGAGAUUAAAGACUAUUUUGAUAACAUUAAGUUGGUUUGCUAAUGAAACUGUGUAUUUGGGAUUAAGCUAUUAUGGUCCAUCAUUGGGCAAUGAUCAGUACUUUAGCUUCUUUUUGUCCGCGGCAGUUGAAUUACCAAGUUAUGUAUGUUGCUGGUAUUUAAUGGACACCUUUGGACGUCGAUGGCCUUUAAGUUUAUCAAUGAUUUUAGGAGGAGCUGCUUGCGUUAUAACUGUUUCGAUUCCAGAAGACGCGAUUAAUGAAACUUUAGUUAUAUACUUAAUUUCGAAAGCUUUGCUUUCAGCCUCAUUUUUAAUUAUUUACCCCUUUGCUGGCGAAUUGUACCCUACCCAAGUUCGGGGUAUUGGAAUUGGAGCCUCAAGCUAUAUUGGUGGACUAGGUUUGAUUGUUAUCCCUUUUGUAACAUAUUUGGGAAGAGAUAAUUUAAAACUUCCUCUGGUCAUAAUGGGAAUAAUAUCAAUGAUUGGUGGGCUCACAAGUUUAAGGCUACCCGAAACCCUUCAUGAACGACUUCCUCAGACCCUUGAGGAAGGCGAGAGUUUCGGAAAGGACUGGUCAAUGAAACGAUGUUUCAGUUGUUAUUCGACACAGAAGUUAGUAUCAAAACAAGAUUCAUACGAAAACCUUAAUGUCCUUUCCUGCAAAAUAAAUACUGAUUCCAAAUCAUCAAAUCAAUAUCAGAUAACAAUCGACCGGUCUGAAGGAGCAUCAAUAAAACGUUUAGUGCGGCAAAUGAGCGUCAUGGAUACACAGCGAAAUAUUGAUGGGACAAUGCAGCUAACCCACUGGAUUUAAACUCUUUAAAAUAAUGUUAUAACUCAUAAUGUCAAUAAAAAUCAAAUAAGUGUAAAAAGUAAUUAGAAUAUUUGCAAAUAAUAAAUUAUUGAAUUCAAUAAUUUAUACUGAGAAUUAAAAAAUAUACAAACGGAUAAAAAA